GUGGAAAUAGAAGAGUGCUGUCAAAUAUUUGGUCGGAGAGUGGAUAACGUUAUACCGAAAGCCGCUGCAUUGAACGUUGAACUGAAUGAUUCAUCACGUGACGAGCUAAGGUCCAUCCGAGACUCUCUACGAGAGGAAGUUGACCUUACCAAAUCAAAUGUUAAAAAAUGGUUGGAUAACCUUACAACUUUUGUCGUUGAACUGGAUGAUGAUUACAAAGUUCCACCAGAAGAACUGAGAUGUAAAUAUGAUGAAUUGGCCCGUAUAGUGACCGGUCGACGCGACUCAUUUGAAGAGUCUGCAAUAAAAAUGCAUUAUUAUUGGGAUGCGCUUCAACAUAUUCCCCAAGAUGAAAUUGAUGAUGCAUUAUACGAAUUAUUUAAUGAUAAACAGAAUCCAAAAGAGAUAUUUGAAGCGUUACAGGCUUCACUUGAAAAUAAGAGCAUAAAUAAUGAUGAUGAUCAAGCUCAACAAGAAAUUGUUGAUGUACAACGUGAAUAUGUAUAUUAUACCCCUCAACUUCCUACUGGACUGAAAUUGUCUCCGGAAUGUUUAGCCGCUCUCAAAGAAAAAAUAGUCGUUCUUGAAAAAGAUUAUGUAACUCGUAAGACUAAGUUGGAUGCUAUGCAAAAAGGUGUAAAGAAACUAUAUAAUGAAUUGAAUGUUCCUUUGGAAGAAAGAAUCGAGUUGAUUGAUUCUCUUGACGAAGAAUACUUAGAACGGCUGUCUUUGGAACAUGAACGCCUGAAAGAAAUCAUGCGUGUGAUCAUUCAGAAAGCUAUCGAAGAGUAUACUUCGCAAUUAGUUGAACUAUGGAAUAAAUGUCUUGUUCCACAAUUUGAACGUGAUGAAUUCUUUGCCAACGUACAUAAAC